UUAACAUUCUUUAUUUGCUCGCCUCUCCAGAAAGACUCACUGAUAUGCAGCUGGACUCCUCUGAAGCGGCCUGGACAAUCAGAAUGGUGGGCUGCUUUUGGAUGCUGCAGUUAUGUUUCCUUGCCUUCUCUCUCCAUCAGUCAGAACAGUCAGUAUUUUGGCCGGCUUCUAAGGCAAAUGAAGUUAUGGUAAGAGCGAAACGUGCCAGGUCCUUUGUUUUGGAGGAGAUUUUAAAGGGAAAUUUGGAAAGAGAAUGCUUUGAAGAAAAAUGUGCUUAUGAAGAAGCAAGGGAAGUGUUUGAAAACAAUGAAAUGACUCAUUCAUUUUGGAGCCAAUAUAUGGAUGGCACUCCAUGCAUCUCCCAACCCUGCCUCAACAAUGGAAUGUGUCAGGAUAACAUCCGAAACUACGUUUGCAGCUGCCUGGAAGGGUAUGAAGGAACAAACUGUGAAUACGCUAAAAAUCAAUGUCAUUCCAAAAGAAGUGAAGGAUGUGAUCACUUUUGUCGUCCAGGACAGGAAUUUUAUAUCUGCAGUUGUGCAAAGGGUUAUACACUUGGAAAGGAUCACAAAUCAUGUAUUCCAAAUGAGAAGUGUGCAUGUGGAAUCCUCAGUUCUGAAAACAAUGUGACAUUGAAGGACGCCAAGUGGACCUUCCCAUGGCAGGUCAAAUUAACAAAUUCAGAAGGAAAGGAGUUCUGUGGUGGUGUUAUAGUACAGGAAAAUUUUGUGUUGACUACUGCAACAUGUUCACUCAUAUAUGGAAACAUCAGUGUGAAGCUGAGAAUACUAAAGUGGAGUAACUCCAUGGAGACUGGAACAACCUCCAGGAAGUGAUGCAGAGCAAAGGGAGCAGAACCAGGAGAACAUUGUACACAGAGACUGAUUCACUGUGGUACAAUCGAAUGUAAUGGACUUCUCCAUUACUGGCAAUGCAGUGAUCCUGAACAACUUGGAGGGAUCUACAUGGAAGAAUACUAUCCACAUUCAGAGAAAAAACUGUGGGAGUAGAAACACAGAAGAAGAAAAAAAUGCUUGAUUACAUAGAUCAAAGGAGAUAUGAUUGGGGAUGUAGACUAAAUUAUCAUCCUAAUGCAAAUAUCAACAUCAUGAAAAUGGGUUUUAAUCUAGGACGCAUUUAAAACCCAGUGGAAAUGCGUGUUGACUAUGGGAAAGAGUGAGAGGAAGAGAGGGAAAGAAUAUGAUUCUUGUAACCAAGGAAUAAUGUUCUAAAUUGACUAAUUAAAUAAAAAUUUUUAAAAAGAUUCCUGUAAUUCAUUUCCCUCAAGAGUAUGUCCACUCAUCCAUUGGGCAAGUUGUUGGCAUUGUAUUUGCAUUCCUUUGUUCAUAGAUUAAACUCCCAUAGUUUACUCUCUAGUAAUCUAGCCUUUGAGAAUCCAAUGAUAUCUCCCACUACAUGAUAAGGCAUCUAAACAGGAUUUUGUGAAGAAGGUUAUCAGUAUUUUAGUAACUUUUAGCAAUCCAAAAUGAAUUGGAACUCUCUAGAUGGAUUUGUUGAAAUUACCAUGGUAUAGUGACAUUUGUAUUCCUUUUGCUAGAUACAGAGCAUGUUUGUACUUUUUUUUAAAUUUGUCUUAUUGCUACAGCUAUCAUUUCUAGAACUGUGUCAAAUAAUGUGUAAAACACAACUUUCUCCAUUUGCGACUGG